AUGGCCUCGUCAUGCCCCUCAGCAGGCACCGUGACGGCUGCCUUGCUCUGGUCUUUCCUGGCCCUCGCUCCGAUUCCCGCCCACGCCCAGCUCAACGCGCAACCCGAUGCCGCCGAUAUUCUUCUGCCUCCAGGUCCCGCCCUGCCGAGUAACUCUGAGGCACUGCAGCCUGCCCAACAUAUCUUCAGCCUCCGCCAAAUCUUCCACCAUGGCACCAAUCUGCAUCCUGCGCUGCAUCGAAAGCGCGACGUCUCCCACAAUGAUUUCAACGUCUUUCUCGCGGCCGAGGAUGGCUAUGCUCGACACACUCUGCCAAAGCUCAAGGCUUACAGUCGCGUCGAUACUAUAGAACGACUCCGCGAUAGAAGACCGUCUGUUGUGGACCCCCUCGUCACCCAGUCGAGACGGCAGGGCUUCAUGGCUGCCAUGGAUGCCUCGGCCUGGACCAUGGACCCGGUCCUGUCUCCUGACAUCACUGAUAAAGACACUGUUCUCACCAUGGCUUACAUGUCUGCCGAUGCCUAUGUCGAGGAUGAAACUCAGCCCGAUUGGGAGGAGGUUGGUGCUCCCUACAAUAAGACGCUCGACUUUGGAUGGCAGAGCGACGGCCUUCGCGGGCACAUUUUCGCCGACGAAAAUAACUCGACCGUUGUCAUCGGCCUCAAGGGCACCACUGCUGCUGUCUUUGACGGUGAUGGAACCACGACCAACGACAAGACAAAUGACAACUUAUACUUUAGCUGUUGCUGCGCCCAGCAGGGCCAGUGGACCUGGCAUCAGGUCUGUGACUGUGCCUCGGGAACCUAUCAGUGCAACAACACAUGUGUCACCGAGGCCCUGUGGGAAGAGAACCGAUAUUACACCGCAGUCAAAGAGCUCUACCACAACGUCACAGAUAUAUACCCCAAGGCCCAGAUCUGGCUCACUGGCCACUCGCUCGGCGGCGGCAUGACGUCUCUGCUCGGCCUCACCUAUGGCCUUCCCGCCGUUACUUUUGAGGCUGUGCCCGACGCCCUCGCUGCCUCUCGUCUAGGUCUUCCUAUGCCUCCAGGAUACUACGCAAAAACGCCCCAGAUGCGAGCAUACACAGGAACAUAUCAUUUCGGACAUACUGCCGAUCCUGUCUACAUGGGUAGCUGUAAUGGUGCCACAGCGUCUUGCUCCUUUGCCGGCUACGCACUCGAGACGCAGUGUCACACAGGCUACGAGUGCGUCUACGAUGUCGUUGCCGAUAAGGGCUGGCGCGUCGGUAUCGGCACGCACAAGAUUCGCAACGUCAUCAGCGACGUCUUGCUCAAGUAUGAUGAGGUGCCCAAAUGCGAAAAGACGCCCGAGUGCCGCGACUGCGCCCAGUGGAAAAUGUACGAAAGCAACGGCACCGAAACCACCACGACACCGGCCACGUCGACUUCGACACGUACCAGAACCCGCACCUCGACCUGCAAAACGCCCGGCUGGUGGGGCUGCCUCGACGAGACGACAACUACAGAUUCCCCAACAUCACCACCGACGACAACGACUACCACGUCCACUUGCAAGACACCCGGCUGGUUUGGUUGCAAUGACAAGACUACCACUACAGAUUCCCCAACAUCAACGCCAACUACGACUACCACCACGUCCACUUGCAAAACGCCUGGUUGGUUUGGAUGCAAUGACAAGACUUCCACUACAGAACCCACCACCACAAGCUGCCAGUCUCCGGGGUUCUUCUGGGGCUGCAACGAUGCCACAGAGACGAGCUCCGUCGCCACGAGCACCCCGACACUGACUCUCACCACUCCUCCUGCUACUUUUACCCCAACCCCCACAUCCGGCACUGCGGCCCCGACAAGUUCAUCUACACCCGAUAAGAGUAAAUGUCUCCGCCGUAGCUGGCUGGGCUUCUGCAAGGGAUGGGGAAGUGACAAAUUAGCCGAGUCUGACCAAGACAUUGAGUUGUAA